CAACUCCAACGAAGAGCAGCCGCCACCAUCACCGCUAUCCACUCCUCAUCGUGGGUCGUCGGUGCUUCUCCCCUCCUCGCCCUGCUCCUCGUCGUUUUUGGCCGUCACCUCUUCUCUGCUUCCGUCAGUCUUCCCGUUGCUGCCUCUUUGCUCCGCACCGUGUCUCGUCGCCGUUGCAGACGUUGCUUCUCCUUGCCGUCGUCGCCUCUCAAAGAUCUGCUUGGAGCUGUUGACGUCGCAGUCUCUGUCGUCGUUGUCCUCGAGCCCUCUCUCUCCUUCUCUUUCUGUCCGAGCUGAAUUUUUUCCCUCCUUGCCGUCACGUCCCUUCCUCCCUCGUUGCUGGUUUAGUGUGGUUACUUUAUGCUUGUUUUAUAAUGUUUGUUGCUGGAUGAAGUGUGCUUCACUUGGCAUGCCUUGUAUCUGAUGUUGGAAUGGUGGAGCUGCUCUUACAAUUUAGAGGGAAGAUUGCAACUGCAAAAUUACUUAUUUUAAGUUGAACCACCGGUUAGACCGGUUGGACCAAUAAACCAGUGAACCAGUAACUAAAGCAGUUUGAAGACCGGUCCGGUUUUCAGAACCUUGCUCAAGAAUGAUUUCAGCUAUUUCGUGGAUACCGAUAGGUGCUUCGAAGGCGGAACCCACAAUAGCUGAACCUCCUUCCAAGGAAGAAAUUCAAGAUAUAAUCACCACCGCCGCCGCCAGUACAGCAGACAGUGAAAAUGAGGAAGAAGCAGGGGAUGAACGCAUGGAUGAUGCCGGUGGUGCCGUUGAUGAAGUUGUGCGAGCACUCAAUGUUGCUGAUGCUCUCGGGAAGGCUGAUAAAUUGGACGAUAUUGCCCUCGGUUUGAAGGAGCUUGACAUGGAACGUUACGAUGAUGAAGAUGAAGGAGUUGAGGUAUUUAGUUCCGGGAUUGGUGAUCUUUAUUAUCCAAGUAACGACCUGGAUCCUUAUAUUAAAGAUAAGAACGAUGAUGAUGACUCUGAGGAACUCGAAGACAUGAUUAUUAAUCCAACUGAUUCCGUCAUUGUUUGUGCUCGUACUGAGGAUGAUCUCAGUCUUCUCGAGGUUCAUAUACUUGAGGACGCCGGUACUAGUGAGAUGAACAUGUAUGUCCAUCAUGAUAUCAUAAUUCCUGCAUUUCCACUAUCCACAGCGUGGCUUGACUGCCUUCAAGGAAGAGAGAAAGGAAACUUCUUAGCUGUUGGUUCAAUGGAACCGUCAAUAGAAAUUUGGGACCUUGAUGUUAUUGAUGCAGUGCAGCCAUGCAUGGUUUUAGGUGGCAUUUCAGAGAAAAAGAAGAAGGGGAAGAAGAAAUCAAUCAAAUACAAAGAUGACAGUCACACUGACUCUGUACUUGGUCUUGCCUGGAACAAAAAGAUCAGGAAUGUACUUGCUAGUGCCAGUGCUGACAAGCGAGUCAAGAUUUGGGAUGUGGCUACUGGGAAGUGUGAGAGUACAAUGGAGCAUCACUCAGACAAGGUUCAAGCAGUUGCUUGGAAUCAUCAUGAACCAAAAAUUCUUCUUAGUGGUUCAUUUGAUCAUACUGUGAUCCUGAGGGAUGGAAGGAUGCCAUCCCAUCCUGGUUAUAAGUGGUCAGUCACAGCUGAUGUCGAGAGCUUGGCCUGGGAUCCACACACUAACCACGAUUUUGUGGUGUUGAGUCUCGAGGAUGGUACUGUCAAGUGUUUUGAUGUUCGGACCGCAAUGUCUGAAUCCACAUCUGAUCUAAGUUCUACAUUUACUCUUCAUGCACAUGACAAAGCUGUUACCUCAGUAUCCUAUAAUGUGUCAGCACCUAAUCUACUUGCUACUGGAUCGAUGGACAAAACGGUAAAGCUUUGGGAUUUAUCGAACAACCAACCAUCUGUUGUGGCAUCUAAAAACUCCAAUGCUGGAGCUGUAUUUUCUAUUUCGUUUUCAGAGGACAACCCCUUUGUGUUGGCUAUAGGAGGCUCAGAGGGAAAAUUGCAAGUUUGGGACACUUUAUCUGAGUCUGCUGUCUCUCGGCGUUAUGAAAAUUACAACAAGAAUAGAACUCGGUCGUGAUAUAAUUGAGUCAUAAUAGCCUUUCCGGUCUCCCCUUCGUGUUAUUGGUAGGCUAGAAGUAUUUAUGUUUGAUACAGUUGUUGCGAAUAAUUAGAAUUUAUUUCAAAAAAAGCUGUAUUUUUUAAUAAUAGGUCCCAUGACCAAAAGAAAAACAAAACUAUUUAACAUAGGUCUACUCGAACCCGCAACCUAGAGGGAGUCUAUGCCUUUUUUUUUUCUUUUUGGUCGGAGAUAGUAUUUUAUUUUAAUUAUUAAAUGAAUAUUAUUUUAAGUGGUGUAAAAUUGAAUAGGCUUUUUAUGCUCAUCGCUUUAUCGCUUUAAUUUAAUUUAAUUUUUUUUUGUAAUUAA